AUGCCUGAGGAAUCCAUCUACAAGAACAACUCAUCUGGCAUUGCUUCGAUAUUCUCAGCACAUGCGGGUGGUAGUAAUAAUGUACAAUCCAUUCAACCAACGAGGGUUGCUUCGAGAGUAGGCUCUGCAAAAGCACCAACAUCAUCAGCGAAUAGAACUCAUACAACAACAACAUCGUCAUCAGCAAGACAACCAGUAAAAUCAAAUAGAAUCGGAUCGACCUAUGAUAAGACCUUUCAUAACAAGGUAGAUAAGUUGGUGUCGGAUCCAAUUAGACAAGUAACAGGGAGGAAGAAUAUUCUUGCUAAGGAAGGUGUAAUGCCUACAAAACCAACUGAUAUUGAGAAUAAUGCUGUGCGAGGAACGGUGGCAAAAAAACUAGGAGUACAACCUAGUAGGAAUAAUAAUCAAGCAAAACUUACAAGACCUGUUAAUGGUGCUUUUGGAAAGGAUCAGUGGGAAAUUGAAUGGGAUGAUAAGGAUGAGAAAUCUGAAAACAUUAUACCAAAACAAUCAAAACCUUCAAACAAUUUAUCUGGUGACAUUAAUAGUAUAAAUUGGAUCGAGAGACUUGGAAGAGGUAAAUGUUCUUCCAUUUGUGAUGUGAAUGGAAGACCAGUUACUAGUAUUGAAUCGAGCUCUUCUCAUUGGUAUAUUUUAACUUAUGAGGAAAAAUCAUUCUUAGACAUUGAAACCGAGGAUUUUAACAUUACCACUUCAAUCAAAAUUCAAAAAGGAAAUGAAAACAGUUUAUUUACUAUCGUCCUUGACUAUGGAAUCAACAAGAGGUGCAAGGAUGAGUACAUUGCCAUUGUAAUGAACGUAGCCCAGAAAUAUUGGAAGAUUGAACGAGUGGAAAAUAAGAAAGUGGUACCAGUGCAACAGGCAAUAGAUAAGAGCUUGGCUCCUCUCAAAUAUAUGGAUAUUUCUAUAUCUUUAUCUGAGAGAAAGCUCACACUCAAAAACGAUAAUACUGAAAUAUUUACUGAUGUUAUUCUUCCAAUAUCUUCGGAAGGCUCUAAGGAGAGACGAGUUGGUCUUGGAGUCAUGUCAGCCAAAGUUUCAAUUUAUGAUUGGACAGUAUUUGAUCCAAAGACUCAAGAAAAGGAGGAAGAUCUUCCGAUUGCAGAGAGACCCCUACCUGAUUACAUUGACAAACACUUGGCUGAAAUGAUAAAGAGAGAUAUUAUAGAAUUCAAUCCAAAUGUGACUUGGGAAAGUAUUGCAGAAUUGCACGAUGCAAAGAGGCUUUUGAAGGAGGCAGUUGUACUUCCUCUCCUUAUGCCUGACAUUUUUGCUGGUUUACGAUCUCCUUGGAAGGGAGUUCUGCUGUUUGGUCCACCUGGAACUGGUAAGACGAUGGUUGCAAGGGCUGUGGCAACAGAAGGAAAGACCACUUUUUUCAAUUGUAGUGCUUCCACUCUGGUUUCGAAAUACCACGGAGAGUCUGAAAGAUUGGUCAAGACACUUUUCCAAAUGGCCAGAUUGUUUAGUCCGAGUACAAUUUUCUUUGAUGAAAUUGAUGCCUUAAUGAUGACAAGAGGAAGCUCUUCAGAGCAUGAAGCAUCCAGAAGACUUAAAAGCGAGAUUUUGACCCAAAUUGAUGGUAUCAAUAGUCAAAGCAGUAGGGUCAUGGUAUUGGCAACGACGAACAAACCUUGGGAUUUGGAUGAGGCUAUGAGAAGAAGACUAGAAAAGAGAAUUUACAUCCCUCUACCAUAUGAAAAAACAAGAGUAUCCCUCUUUAAUAUUUUUUUAAAAGAUCAAGAGAUGGAAAGUGAUGUUUCCACUGAGAGUCUUGCUGUCUUAACAGAUGGAUACAGUGGUGCAGACAUUCAUUUAUUGUGUAGAGAGGCUGCUCUCAGACCACUGAGGAAGGAGCUUGAUCAUAGGUCAACUGAGGAAAUUAUGAAGUUGAAAGAACGAGGAGAGUUGAAACUCAGUCUCUGUAUGGAAGAUUUCUCAGAGUCAGUCAAAACAAUGAAACCAAGCGUUUCUCAAAACGAAAUUGAAAAGUAUCAACAGUGGAUGAAGGAAUUCCAAAGUGUAUAG